AUGCCUGAAGGAAGAGACCCCAUCGCCCCGCUUCAGGCCUGGAUGGAGGACCAUAUCAUGUUCCCCUAUCAGACUGGCGUGAAGACCCCCUUGUGGAAGAAGGAGCUGGAGCAGCCCAGGACCAGAGAGGCAGAGGCGGAGGCGGAGGCUGCGGAGGGGGCGCCGGAGGAGGACGAGGAGAGGCCGCUGGAGAAGCGCGCGGCCGAGGGCGAGGCGGAGGGCGGGGAGGCGGAGGGCGGCGAGGGCCGGGAGCGGGGCUCCGUGUCGUACAAUCCGCUGAGCCAGGAGUCCAGCAGCCUGCAGGUGGCGCUGCUGCGGCGCGCGGACAGCGGCUUCUGGGGCUGGUUCAGCCCCUUAGCACUGCUCGGCGGCCUGGCCCCUCCCGCCAACAGGAAACGGAUCCCCCCGGAGGAGCAGUGCGUGCUGGAGACGCGGCGGCGGCGCCUGCGCGGCGGGGGCUGCGCGCGCUGCGAGAUCCUUUUCUGCAAGAAGUGCAGGAACCUGCACAGCCCGCAGAGCUACGUGGCGCACUGCCUUCUGGAGCACCCGGAUCUGCGGGAGGCGCGGGCUUCUGGAGGCGCGGGGGCUGCCGUGGGCCAUUGAGCGCCCCCCAAUCCCCGGUCUCUGUGGCCCUCCAUCCUCGCCUGACUCCAAAUUCCCCGCCACCCUCUCCUCCACCCCCGACGCGGAGCGCUCUCCAGUACGUACCUGAGAGCCGCCUUCCCGGAGCGCCCCACUCCGAGCAGCCCAGCAGGCCCACCGCUGAUGACCGGCCCCACCUGUCAUCAAUGCGGAGCCCAACAUCACCUGGAGCUCCAUUCCUCCAACAGCGCCUCCCGAGGGCCCCAGCGCCCGGGUCAGCACGCAGUGCCCACCGCCCACCUGACUC